CGGACAGUCCAGAUUUCUUUCUAUCCAAAAGAAAAGAAAACACACCACGAGCCUCACAGAGUGGGUUGUGGGAGGCGGCGGCAGGGGCGGAGAAGAAGCGGCCAUGGCGACGGCGGCCGGCGGCGAGAGCAUGAUGACGAGGGAGCAGCUGCUCCACCUGUUCGCUCGCUUCUCGUUCCUCACCUCCCUCCCAGAGGUCAAGCAGCGGAUCGCCGACGCCGUCAGGGACAAACAGGAGGCUGUGGCAGUGACCACUGAGAUACAGGAGGAGGUCCUUCGCGAGUUGGGCAUAGAUCCAAGUUUUGGUAUUGGUUGCCUAGGAAAGGUGAACGUUGUCUAUGAAAAUGACAUGGACUUGAUGAUUGCAUUCUAUCAAUUUGUUGCCAAAGAAGAGAUGGCUAUUGAUGAGGCCGAGCUUGAACCUAGAGAAUUCGCUGAAAAGCUACAUUCUCAAAAAAUAUUACAAGAACAGCAACUCAACAUGCUAGUUGAAAUGAGAAACUAUAGUCCAGAGAACCAAUCUGUCAUACUUGGGACUUUGCGCAAACAAUUGGAGGAAGCUAAUUUUGAUGUCAAUAUGUCGAUCUUGAGUCCAGAGCAAAUUCAAGAGAUUGUUCAGAAGUAGAUAUCGUUUUCCAACAUAUAUGAGAUCAGUACCAACCUUGUGUGUUUGAGCUGCUUGUGCGUCUACCUUUCUAAUAGCUGGAAAUAGUGACCGGUCUUUUCAUUUCAUAUUUGGAACCUUGUAGAACAUCCUGAUUGAUUUUGCAAAGAUAGUUUCUCUGGGAUGCUUUUUUCUAA